GAAAACCAGUCAGACAGGCAGAGACAGUCAGAGACGUCUAGACACACUUAAGCGAUUGUCACAGAAAUAUAAUGUUUUUAUCAACGGAGCCGAUGGUCUACGUCCUUUGGAUUUAAAUUAACACCUUCAAGUAUUCUAAUCCAGUGAGAGAGAUCGUCCCGGGCGAUUCCCUGGAGGUGCCAAACGAAGCCGCCAUGUCGGUGACCGUUCACGAGAAUCGCAAAUCCCGUACCAGCACGGGCUCCAUGAACAUCUCGCUGUUCCACAAGCCCUCGCACCCCGACAGCGUCCUGACCCACCUGAACACGCUGAGGAAACAGUGCAUGUUCACCGAUGUCACCCUGUGGGCCGGGGAUCGCUCUUUCCCAUGCCACAGGGCUGUCUUGGCGGCGUGCAGUCGUUAUUUUGAGGCCAUGUUCAGCGGCGGGCUACGAGAAAGUCUGGAUAGUGAUGUCAAUUUCAGAGACAGUAUACACCCUGAGGUUUUAGAGCUUCUGCUGGACUUCGCCUAUUCCUCCCGAGUCAUCAUAAACGAGGAGAACGCCGAGUCGUUGCUGGAGGCGGGCGACAUGUUGCAGUUUCAUGACAUUCGGGACGCAGCGGCAGAGUUUUUAGAAAAGAACCUGCACUCCUCCAACUGCCUGGGGAUGAUGCUGUUAUCAGACGCACAUCAGUGCAAAAGGCUGUACGAGCUGUCGUGGAGGAUGUGUCUGUUACACUACGAGACGGUGAGAGAAUCCGAGGAUUUCUAUAGUCUGUCUAAAGAUAAACUGCUGGAGCUCAUCCUCAGCGAUGAGCUGGAAAUAGAAGAUGAACAGGUGGUGUUCAACUCUGUGAUGCGGUGGGUUCGGUACGACCUGGAGGGUCGGCGUCACCACUUACCGGAGCUGCUGAGGGGCAUCAGGCUGGCUCUGCUGCCGUCCGAGUGUCUGCUGGAGGCCGUGGCCUGUGAGGAGCUGGUCAUGGCCGACAAGAGGAGCAGGUCAAUAGUAGAAGAGGCGAUGCAGUGUAAGAAGAAAAUCCUUCAGAACGACGGAGUAGUGACUAGUCCCUGUGCUCGGCCGCGUAAGGCAGGCCACACGCUGCUUAUACUGGGAGGCCAGACCUUCAUGUGUGACAAGAUAUACCAGGUUGACCAUAAAGCCAAGGAGAUCAUACCUAAGGCAGACCUCCCCAGCCCCAGGAAGGAGUUCAGUGCGUGUGCCAUUGGCUGUAAGGUUUACGUCACAGGAGGAAGGGGGUCAGAGAACGGAGUCUCUAAAGACGUCUGGAUCUACGACACUGUCCACGAGGAGUGGUCCAAAGGAGCACCCAUGCUGAUAGCCAGGUUUGGCCAUGGUUCAGCUGAGCUGGAGAAUAGUCUCUACGUUGUUGGAGGUCAUACAGCCAUAGCGGGAGUUUUUCCUGCCUCUCCAUCUGUCUCCCUCAAACAGGUGGAGCGGUAUGACCCCCUCAAUAAUAAAUGGACCAUGAUGGCUCCUCUCAGAGAUGGAGUCAGUAAUGCAGCAGUGGUCAGUGCCAAACUCAAACUCUUUGUUUUCGGAGGGACAACCAUACAUAGAGACAAGGCCUCCAAGGUCGGUGGAUUUGUCCAAUGCUACGACCCCAUAGGUAACCGCUGGAAUAUUGCGGCCGAAUGCCCCCAGCCUUGGCGCUACACGGCGGCGGCUGUUUUAGGCAGCCAGAUCUUCAUCAUGGGGGGCGACACCGAAUUCACCGCCGUCUCCGCCUAUCGCUUCGACUGUGAAACCAACCAGUGGACUCGGGUGGGGGACAUGACGUCCAAGCGGAUGAGCUGCCACGCCGUUGCCUCGGGGAAUAAGCUGUACGUGGUCGGGGGCUAUUUCGGGACGCAGCGGUGUAAAACGUUGGACUGUUACGACCCCACGUCAGACAGUUGGAACUCCAUCACCACCGUGCCUUAUUCUCUGAUCCCCACCGCCUUUGUCAGCACAUGGAAACACCUACCUGCCUAACCGGGAGAACACCAGGAGACAAUAAUUUCAGGCGUUGAUCGUCCGUUGAGAAAGGACCCGGACUGGAGGAGGAUCUUCCCAGACUCCGACCCCCGCAGUCAGCAGCCGACUGAGGCCGGAGCUCUACACAGGACCAAUCCUUGCAAAAAUCAAAUCAAAGCCGUGCCUCACAGACUCUGAAUCAGUCCUGAGCGGCGUGGUGAACGGCACAGCACCCAGGUCUUAACACACACACAGAGAAUCACUCUCCGAUGAUGCUUCCUAGAUAAUGUGACACUCGACUGAUGGACGGAUCAUUUUGUCGACUGAUGGAGCGCUCAUACAAAGCUAUGAGUGUUUUUUAUGGGGGGGAGGUUUGUGUGUGUGCUUUUUUAAAUGUCUUAUUAGUCAUGAAAUUCACUACUAAAACCAUUCCAGUGUAAAGACAAAAACUCUUUAUUGAUGACAGCAUUAACAUCCUUCAGCAAUUACAAACGAAACUGAAAUGAAAGCAGGUUCACAGUUUCCCGUGGACCUGAACCCAGUAAACCUUAUUUCAGGUUGCACUGCACACACUGACUGUAUUUACUAGUAUUACUACCACAUGGGCACUAAUACAGUGUUUAUGAACGGACUGGGUUUGAGAUUUUUAGUUCCCGUCAUCUCUUUAUCAUAUACAUUAAGAAAAGUUUGGCAGAUUUUUUUAAUGUGUUUACAAUUGCUGGCGGGUAUUUGAAUACUUUUUAAGUUUGGGACGUGUAAAUUAAAUAUUCUCUGUGGAAUAUUGAAUGUUUUUGGUAGGUGUUAUAACAGAGGCUUCAGAAAUGUUGAAAAUAUAAUAUACACUUAACACAAUGACAGUCCAAAAGUCAAAGCAUUCUUUGUUGCUUUGUCCAGAGUGAUUUCGACAAAAGGAGUUUCAAAUUGACUUCCAUUCAUUUACUCACUGCUGGGAUUUCUGUACAGUGUGAGAUAAAUGGAGUCCACCAUGAAGGGUAUUAUCAUUCUCACCAUACAUUCAGAUAACACUGCAAAACAGUAAGCACACAUUUGCUAUGUUUACUGUUGGCAAUAAAAAAAAAGGAAAAUCAACAUUAGAAAAUGCAAAAAAAUAAUCACGUGUCUUCAAUACUGAUGAUGCUGGUAAAUAAUGAUUAUUUUUUUUUAUUGUUCUCUAUUAACAAUGAAACAGUUACCAUCAGAUGACACGCUAGUUUGAAUUGGAUCUUAUGACCCGUGGUUACAUAUCAGGGUUUUCCUCGAAAUGUCAUUAGAGACAGAGCGCAACAUGUCAUACUCUAAAAACCCCGCCCACUGGAGCAGCUAGCUAAUUUCGCAAUCAUGCUAACGCGCUGAACAGGCCAUCUGACUUUAAACGCUAGGUAUCCCUCCUGCGAGGCUGCAAUAUAUAUGUUACCAAUUGUGUAAACUUUUUAUCAACAUAUCGACAUAAUUACUUCCCAGCCGCUUUCACAAACUCAACAAGGCUCGUCUCACAGGCUCGUAGCUUUUCUCUACAGGGUUUACAUCUCGGCCCUCCUACCUUUCCGAUAGGGCCGACAAGUUGGUCACCACCAUAACGCAUCCACAUAAUCAUUUCAUCUAGAAGUCUCUAGUGUCCUAACUUUAGGUCCCAGGUGCUCUUUUUUUAUAUCUCCGGGACAAUGGGACAUCCUUGAUUUUGAGCACUGCCUUUCAGUUGUCAUGUCAAAGGAUUAUUUUCAGCACCCUUUUACUAGCAGAGGCGAAAAAGUGAAUACUUGUAAGUCUUGUAAGGCAGUUAAGUUGGACUUAAUACUACUUUUGGAACUUGAAACAGCAUAAAUCAUUUAGGUAACAUUAUAUUUUUGGCAACUUAACUAUAGUUUUACAAACGAGAAACAAAAGUAAUUCCAAUUCUAUUCUCUCUUUGCCUCUCAUACACGCAUAGUGAGAGAAAAUAACAUUUUAUUGUAAGUGAUGAAGGUGACACCUUGAUUUGGGCGAUCCAAUAAAAGGACCAAAUAUCUCUUAAGUCUCAUGUGGAGACGCAGUAACAGAUCUGUGCUGGUGCCUGCUGAAGCCUGGACGUGUGCCCAAAAAAACAUUUUAAAUCACAGUUAUUCUUACUUUUGCCAGAAAGACCUUCGCUCGUCUCCAAACCAACGUUUUUCAAUAAUAUCAGUUUACGU